AUGGCCGUUGAUUCGACUGAUAAUCGGCGAGAUUUCGUUGUCAAGAUCGACGGUGAAGACAAUGAGCCAAGCAACAAUGGCGAUGGAGGAAAGUUUUGGAGAGAGUCAAGUUAUAGUUAUUGGCACGGUAACCAGAAAGACAAGAACGGCAAAUCCGGUGGUGAAGACGACGGGAGUUUUGAAUUUAUGCGGCGAAGGAAUGAGAAAUCGGCGGAGCCAGAUCCACCGUCAAAGCUCAUAACUCAGUUUCUCAACAAACAAAAAGCUUCCGGUGAUGAGAUCUCUCUCGACAUGGAACCCAACAUGCCGGAGCUUCAAAGCAACACGGUUUCUCCGUCACCGAUAACGGCGGUUUCCGGUUCUGCGUCACCAGUAACGGCGACGGCUGGUUACCGUAACGAACCCAUCGAUGCGAUUAGACGGAGGCAUAACAGAGUCACGCUUUCUCCGUCUGUUAAAGAUAGUGAUAGUAGCGACGAAGAAGAAAACAGAGUAGACGAAUCAGAGGUUGUGAAGUGUAGCUCGAAUAGAUCGCUGAGGACUAAGACUUUGAUGAAGACAAAGACAAGAUCUAGAUUGAUGGAUCCUCCAACUCCUGCGUAUCCGGAGAUGGUUUCGGGUCGGACUCCAAAAUCCGGGCAUUUGAAACCCGGGUUUACAGGGAAAAGCCCUAAACCGGGAACUCCAAACCAAGGAGGAGCAAUGGAUUUGGAAGAAGAGGAGGAUCCAUUUUCGGAGGAGGAUUUUCCGGAAGGUUACAAGAAGGAUAAGCUUUGUCUUUGGCUUAUUAUGGAAUGGAUUUUUCUGAUUCUGAUCAUCGCCGGUUUGAUCUGUAGCCUUGUGAUACCUUUCUUGCGUGGCAAGAAACUGUGGAACCUGGCUUUGUGGAAAUGGGAAGUGAUGGUUCUUGUGUUGAUAUGUGGGAGGUUGGUUUCUAGUUGGAUAGUGAAGCUGUUCGUCUACUUCGUCGAGAGCAACUUCCUUCUGAGGAAGAGGGUUUUGUAUUUCGUCUAUGGGAUUCGACAGGCGGUGCAGAACUGUCUCUGGCUAGGGCUUGUGCUGAUCGCCUGGCAUUUCUUGUUCGACAAGAAAGUCGAAAGGGAGACUGGGAGCACAGUGCUCAAGUAUGUGACUAAAGUGUUGGUCUGUUUACUCGUUGCUGUCAUCAUCUGGCUCAUAAAAACCUUACUGGUUAAAGUUCUCGCUUCAUCGUUCCAUAUGAGUACUUACUUCGAUCGGAUUCAAGAAUCGUUGUUCACUCAAUACGUGAUUGAGACUCUCUCGGGACCUCCUCGAGUUGAGAUUCAUAUUGAAGAGGAGAAAGUAGCUAACGAUAUUAAGACCUUGGAGAUGGCUGGCGCUAAGCUAUCUCCUCCGGGUCCAAUGGCGGUUUCUCCUUCGCCACAAGUCACCAUUGGAAGCGGAAGGCUGCAGAAGAGUCCGACCAGAAUCGGUAAAAGUCCGGUGCUUUCGCGGUCUGGUUCCAAGAAAGAAGGAGAGGGGGGAGGGAUAAGGAUCGAUCAUUUGCAGAGAAUGAACACUAAGAACGUAUCGGCUUGGAAAAUGAAGAGACUGAUGAAUGUAAUAAGAAAAGGAACUCUUUCUACUUUGGAUGAACAGAUACAAGACACGACCACUCACGAAGAUGACAAAGCCACACAGAUACGAAGUGAGUUUGAAGCGAAACUUGCAGCAAGGAAGAUUUUCCAGAAUGUUGCUGAGCCUGGAUCCAGGUACAUAUAUAUCGAAGACUUUAUGCGUUUUCUGACUGAAGAUGAGUCUGAAAGAGCCAUGGGUCUAUUUGAAGGAGCUUCUGAAAGUAACAAAAUCAGCAAAUCCUGCUUGAAGAAUUGGGUGGUUAAUGCCUUUAGAGAGCGAAGAGCACUAGCUUUAACAUUAAACGACACAAAAACAGCAGUGAACAGGCUUCAUCGAAUCGUAGAUGUGUUGGUCAGCAUUGUGAUCAUAAUCGUCUGGCUUCUCAUCCUUGGAAUCGCUACAACUAAGUUCUUGCUUGUCAUAAGCUCUCAGCUUCUUCUUGUAGUGUUUGUGUUUGGAAACUCAUGCAAAACAAUCUUCGAAGCUGUCAUCUUCGUGUUCGUUAUGCAUCCAUUUGAUGUCGGUGACAGGUGUGAGAUAGAUGGUGUCCAGAUGAUUGUGGAAGAGAUGAACAUUCUCACUACUGUCUUUCUUCGAUUCGAUAAUCAGAAGAUUGUAUACCCGAACAGUCUUCUCGGCACCAAACCCAUCGCUAACUAUUACCGUAGUCCCGACAUGCAAGAUGCCAUUGAGUUCUUUGUCCAUAUUGCAACUCCUCCUGAAAAGACAACCGCCUUGAAACAGAGGAUACUCAGCUAUAUAGAUAACAAGAAGGAUCAUUGGCAUCCAUCACCGAUGAUUGUGUUUAGAGAUAUGUGUGGACUGAACAGUGUGAAGAUCGCGAUGUGGCCAACGCAUAAGAUGAAUCAUCAAGACAUGGGAGAGAGAUUUGUGAGGAGAGGUCAAUUGCUUGAAGAGAUUGGUAGAUAUUGCAGAGAGUUGGAUAUCGAGUUUCGGUUAUAUCCUCUCAACAUCAACAUCAAAAGCAUUCCUUCUUCUGCUACUCCGAUCACUUCUGAUCGUGUUCCUGCAAGCUGGAACCAACAACGCAAUGCUUAAAGAUUGGAAAAGUUUUGAGUUUUUGUACUGUUUGUAUUUGUAGAGAGUGAGUGAAAAGAGAGAAUUUUUUCUUCUUCUUGCUUUUUUUACUCUCUCUUUAUUGAUUGUUUUGAGACCUUGAGGAUUCUUUAUAUAUGAAAUGUGAAACCGGAAUCUGUUUUUGUAGUGAUAGCCAUCAUGCAAUAAAAGCUUGUGCUGUG